AUGCCGCUCACACGAGCCCGUCGGAAGUCCAAGAAGCGGUCCCAGUUGCCGCCGGCUACACAAGAAGCAUCACAGCCGCCGCCCACGCACCCUAACGAUCCUAGCAGUCAGUCAGUCACAUCAGGGUCUCAAGCCAGCCGGGGUUGGCGGUGGACUGACGAACAGACUUUAUACUUCCUUGGAAGACUCCUUGAAGCCCGCCGGAAUGGUGAUCUGAAUAUCAAUAAGAAAGGGGCGUACCAGGAUGUAUUGGUGAGCUUCAUCCCGGGCUUCAAGACGAAGUGGGCGAACCAAAAUUGGUCCUACGAUAUAAUGAAGAAUAAGCUGCGGAACCUGAAGGACUUCUGGCGUGCUUUCCGUGAAGCUUAUGAUCUAUCAGGAGGAGGAUAUCGUGAGAGGACUGGAUGCGUUGAUCUUAGCCGGGAUAAUAGGGAGAAGAUAGAGGAGAGAUACCCGCAGCAUGGCCAUAAGGCUAUGACGGAAGGACUUCUUGUUGGUCCGUAUAUCACGAUGGACUCGUGGGAGGAGAUAUUCGCAGAUGAUCUGCCAGCAGGCCGGCUUAUCACUGCAGCGGAUGAUGAUAUAAUCUGGGGAGUCGAGGAAGUCGAGGAAGAGGAGGAGGAGGGCGAGGAGAGCGACGACGAAGCAAAUGAUCUACCACAGAGUCAGCUUCCGGAUUCUCUUCAGCUUCCCGACUCUCUGAUCCCUAACUCUCUGAUCCCUGAUACUCCGCGUGAGGAAGGAUUCUCGUCGUCGCCGGCUCUGAGACCUUCGACGCCGGGGAGAGGGUUAACUCCUUCUUCGUCACAGCUACAGCGGCGACAGCGCAAUGCGAUAUCCGAGUAUCAGACUCCUUCCUCAGCGGCAGCGAAGAAGAAGAAGGAAAGGAGUGAGGGACUGAUUACGGCGGCGGAGUUAAAGGAGCUACUUCAUAAUGAUUCUCAGAGGAGCUUAUCCGUCACGUCACGGGCAGCCGGGUCAGAGGACCUAGAGAAGGCAGUCACUAACUGCUUGGAAGUCAUCGGAGAGUCAAAAGGCAUGCCCUAUGCCUCAAGCUAUCAUAAGUCUGCUUUUGUAGCUUUAAAUUACCCCUCACCGCCUUCGGCCGCGCUGCUGGCCCUCUCUUUGUUCACUUUCCUCAACCUCAUCGCUUCCACCGCUCUCGCCGCCUUCUUCACGCUCACCACCUUCCUCGCCUUGGCCGCUCUCACGGCGCUGCUGAUUUCUGGCCUCAUGCUGCUCUUCUUCUCUUCUUCUUCUUAA